GCCAAACGGGGCAAAACCUGUCCCUGAAAUAAUCGCGUCGCUAAAUGCCAUGCCCUCAUUACUCCAAACUGCACAACUAAACUCAGCUCAAUCGUGAGAUAACCCAACCCCAUGAUAACUCUUCAGCUCAGCCCUCCCUUUCAUUCUCUCCAUAACCCUAACCCCGUCUGCUCCCAAUGCCUCAACCACACUACCAAUUUCAACCCAUUUUCAAAGCCAAUCCAAUUCAACCGCGCCCCUUCCAAAUCCCUCCUCAGAUCCUCCAAGAUCGUAUUCUUAAAUCGUACGAGGCCGCCAACAGUUCGUUGUUAUGGUUCCAAUGAGGACGCCACUAAAACGACGGCGGUUAAAGACGAUUGCGGAGGCGGAGGCGGAGGCGGCGGCGACGACGGAGAUGAGCGCGAAACGGGUGAAGGCGGUCGGCUCUUGCCGGAAUGGCUGAAUUUCAAUUCGGACGAUGCUAAAACGGUUAUUGCGGCCUUGGCCAUAUCACUCGCGUUUAGGUCGUUUGUGGCUGAGCCUAGAUAUAUUCCCUCCUUGUCUAUGUUCCCCACGUUUGAUGUUGGAGAUAGAAUUGUUGCCGAAAAGGUCUCAUAUUACUUUCGGAAACCCUGUCCAAAUGACAUUGUUAUUUUCAAAAGCCCGCCUGUGCUACAAGAUGUUGGUUACACAGAUGAUGAUGUUUUUAUUAAGAGGAUAGUUGCAAAAGCAGGCGAUAUUGUGGAGGUUCAUGAUGGGAAAUUGAUUGUGAAUGGGGUUGUCCGAAGUGAAGAUUAUAUUCUUGAAGCACCGAAAUAUGAAAUGACUCAAAUUCAAGUACCAGAAAACUCUGUUUUUGUUAUGGGGGACAAUCGAAAUAACAGCUAUGACUCACAUGUUUGGGGUCCCCUUCCUUCAAAGAAUAUUAUCGGCAGAUCUGUACUUCGAUAUUGGCCUCCCACUCGAGUCGGUGGCACAGUUUCACCCGAUGGCUGUGCUGUUGACAAUAAGGAGAGUAAUCUGGCUGCUAAAUGAUGCCCGUCAUUCUUGGUUGAUUUUUCCGUCACUCAAAUGUACAUUAUUAUAUUGACUAGUGUUGAUACCCGUGCGAUGCACGGGAUAUACUAUAAAUUUUUAUUAUUCAAUAUUAUCAAAUUAUUUAAGAUAAUAUGUUAAUUUUAUCUGACAUAAUAUAUCAAGUUAGUAAUAAUAUAAAGUUUAUUUGAAUAUUUUUUAUUAUUUGAAUUUUUUUGGUAGG